UUUUGUGGAAAACAAAAAUGAAGCCAGUUGGUAGCUGCGCUCAAGAACCUUCAACAACCCAGACAACUGGUAAAAGUACUGGAUGUCGAGGCAGAGCUCAAGAUAAAGCGACGAAGCUAGCGGCUAAACAUCCGAAUAGGUUCUACUUGAAGGCGGAAAGAGGUAGAGACACAACUGGCAGGGACAGCAGAUCCACCGGCGGCCGACAGGGGGACCCAGAGAGGCGCAGCGGGGCAGCUGCCCAGGCUGUUGGUGCUGAGGCUGAUCUCACUUCAAAAAGGGCGGAUGCUGCCAGAGGAGAUUCACCGGUAGCACCGGCCCGCCGCUCAGCUCAAUGCAUUCCCUGCUUUAAAGAUAACCCUCCUCGGAAAACCCCCGUCAACAAGACCUCCUCUCCAAGGAAAAAAGAGGAGGCGGAGGAAAACAGACAGCGGGAGAAGAGAAGCAGCAGCACCGGGGGUUGUGGAGCAGGCCUCGGCUUUGGUCCGUGGAGAAGAUGCUCACAGGCUGAGCUGAUCCACUUUCAUUUACAAAGGAGACGCAAGAGGAGCGUGGCGACGAUGCAGACUAAACCGGAGGGCGGUGGUAGAGAGGAGGCGGUGCAGGGGGAGCUGGAUCCGGCUGCAGAGGCGAUGCAGGCGGCGUCCGAGGCAGAGCAGGACCAGGCCCUGGAAGAGGAGAUAGAGAGGCUGCUGGAGGAAAACGAUGACCUCAAGUGCGAGAUUGAGGAGAUGAGGGCCGAGAUGGAUGAAAUGCGGGAUACUUUCUAUGAGGAAGACACAUGCCAGCUGCAGGAAAUGAGGCGUGAGUUAGAGAGGGCCAAUAAAAACUGUCGGAUCCUGCAUUAUCGGCUGCGCAAAGCUGAGAGGAAAAGGGUGCGCUACGCCCAGGCAGGAGAGAUUGAUCACGAGCUGCUGAGGAUUCUGGAGCAGGACCUGAAGGUGGCGAAGGAUGUGUCAGUCCGGCUGCACCAUGAGUUGGAAAAGGUGGAGGAGAAAAGGACAAAGACGGAAGAGGAGAAUGAAAAACUGAGACAGAAACUCAUAGAGGUGGAAGUGACCAAGCAGGCUCUGCAGAAUGAACUAGAGAAGACCAAAGAGUCUCAAAAGCGAAGGGGAAGCAAAGACAUCCAGAAAGCUGACAAGAAGCCAACACAGACUCCCAUAGAGGAGGAUAAUGAAGACCUAAAGUGCCAGUUAGCUUUCAUCAAGGAGGAAGCGGUGCUCAUGAGAAAGAAAGCAGGCAAGAUUGACAAGGAAAAGGAUGGUCUGGAGCAAGAGUUGCAGAAGUAUCGCUCUUUCUACGGUGAACUGGACAGUACCCAUCCCAAAGGGGAGGCUGGCGGCCCGCCUACCACCCGCGAGUCAGAGCUAAAGCUCCGGCUUCGAUUGGUGGAGGAGGAGGCCAACAUCCUAGGGAGGAAGAUAGUAGAACUGGAGGUUGAGAACCGAGGUCUGAGAGCGGAGCUGGACGACCUCCGUGGCGAGGGAGAGGGUGGCGAAAGCGGGUCUGAGGCGACAGGCGGGCCGGGUGUGGGCCGAGGUCUGGGCGAAGAUCUGACGGAGCUCCGGCAGCAGCUGCAGCUGGUUGAAGAUGAGGCCGAGCUCCUGAGGAGGAACCUUGCUGAUACAGAGGAGCAGAACAAGAGGGUGACAGCAGAGCUGAACAAAUUGCGCUUCAAGGCCGGCACCCACGAGGGAAGUUCCAGACAUGGUGGAGGGGGCUCAGGAGGAGCAGCGGCUGAUGGAGCUAAAUCUGAAAAUCUUCAGGAAGAGCUUAAAGCUGCCAGGCUACAGAUUAAUGAUCUCAGCGGCAAGGUAAUGCAACUUCAAUAUGAGAACCGUGUCCUCCUCUCCAACAUGCAACGCUACGAUCUGGCUUCCCAUCUCUCCCUGCGGCCCAGCCCUAGAGACAGUGAUGCAGAGAGCGAUGCAGGUGGAGCCACAAGUGGGCGACGUGAGAGCGACGAAGACUCCACCUCUUCCCGCUUGCUCCCACCCCAUCGUAAACGGGAGGGCCCUGUGGGCGGGGAAAGUGAUUCAGAUGAGGUGAGAAACAAUAACGGCAGCAGCCGGUGCAUGACGCCCACAAGGGGCCUCUACACCCCGCCGGGUCCAGAAGGCUCCGCCUCCUCCACCUUGACUCGCUUCCUCCCCGGUAGGCGUUGUAACCUCCAUGACAGACAACAGCUGAUGGACAUACGUGUGGAAGCAGAGAGGCUCGUACGGACCAUCGACAGUCUCAUCGCUGAUACCGCCACCAUCAUUUCAGAGGCAAGGGUCUACGUUUCAAAUGGUGAUUUGAUGUUUAGGACGGGCGGAGAGGAGGGCGGAGAGGAGGAUGGGAGCAGGAUCAGGGAACAUGAACUGCUGUAUCGCAUCAAUGCUCAGAUGAAGGCCUUCCGAAAAGAGCUGCAAGCUUUUAUUGACAGACUGGAUCUUCCAAGGCUGGAGGACAGAGAUGCAGACGAGCCACUCUCAAUGUUCCAACCCAUCAUUUUACUCAUCCUUAUACUGGUCUUAUUCUCAUCCCUCUCUUAUGCCACUAUCUUUAAACUAGUCUUCCUGUUUACUCUCUUCUUUGUUCUGUGAUGUAAGCCUCCCUUUUGCUCGAGUCAUCCGUGUUUGUGUUCGCUAUGUUGCUCUUAUUUUUCCUUUAAAUGCCUCAUUUGUUGCAAUGAUAAUCUAAAGCACAGCAAAAGCCCUUUCCACUCACUAAGUGUCAACAACAACUGGAGUCUCCAAUAUCAUAAUGCAUCCCUGUAAGCAUCACUUGCAUCAGAAGAGAACUAGUCCUAUCAUCCUGCUGUUAUUUCCUGAGGGUGAAGUAAAGAAAUGUUUUCAGGACUUCAGUCCAUCCCCUCACUGGCACCACAACUGGAACUUGAGAGAGGGAAACAAGAGAAGGGAGGGGGGACGGAAACAGCUAUUCAACGAGGCCUGAGGGUUAUUGAACGGCCUGCAUCAUGGCAGCC